AUGGCGGAAUUUGAUAACUUAUGGUGUGACUCUGACGAGGGCGAUCUCAGCGAGAACGAAGAAACAUUUUCACAUAAUAAUGUUGAGCAGGAUAUGCAGGGGGAAUUCAAUAACUCCAAUGAGGUUACCCUACUGGCCAUGUUUGAUGAACAUGGACAGCAAUUGGAGUGUCCAAGUCUCCCUUUAGGACCCGCACGUUCCACUGAGCCAGCACAAGUAAAUCCGCCACUACCAGUGUCACCAUCUUCUUCGCGAAAUGUUCGUCCAGAAGUGGUCGUUGUCGUUGAGCGGUUAGAUGAGGAGACCGGCAACGAGUACUUGUUGGCGGACCAGCAUGAACUAUAUCACGAGGAGGUGGUGGCGAGUUCGAGUGGUGGUGCUGUACGAGGCGUGCGGUUCCCAGCGACGGCAGCAGCAGGCAGGCGUCAGGCGCGAGGCGGCCGCUGCGGGCGGCGCGGGCGCCGCGCCCGCGGUGCUCGCGUCUCCGACUCCUCGUCGUGGCGGCGCGGCGACCGCCUUGUUCAAGUAUGUGUGACAGACGAUGAUGUGCCUGAGGAUUUGCGCAAUAGGAUUUUGAGACUGGUGGCUGAUAGGGAAGCUCGAGAGCGGAGGGCCGAAAGGAGAAGGAUGGAAGUAGAUAAUGAUGAUGUGGCCGAUGACAGUGGACAUGCGGCCCUAUUCGAAGGAGAUGCGACUUCUCUUCACUAUGAUUGGCGCCCCAUGGACUCCUUUCAAGGUGAAAGAGAAACGUUUCUUCCGGAAAGAACAGGGCCGACCACGCCGUCCGGAAGCGCGUAUGAGGCAUUCCGCCAAUAUUGGGACGAGAGCAUCAUGUCUCAUAUAGCGACAGAAACAAACCGGUAUGCUGUAGAACUGGCUUGUAUCAAUGAUACUUUUGCACAAAAUUGGUACGAAACAAAUACACAUGAGCUAUUUAUCCUAUUUUCUUUUUGGAUGAUGUUGGGGAUCAUCCGUAUGCCCUCCAUAGCAUCUUGUUUUUGUGAACAUUUUCUAUUGAAGACUAACAUUUUCCGCCAAUUGUUUUCACGCCAUAGAUAUCAACAUUUGUGCCGCGCUCUUCAUUUUGUAAAUAACGCAACACGUACACCUGAUUCUCACCCUAUCUUUCCUAUUGAAACAAUUAUAAAUCAUUUGAAUUGCCGCUUUCAAUCCGCUUAUAUCCCUAAUCAGGAAAUAUGUAUUGAUGAGAGCUUAACUUUAUGGAAAGGUAAACUCUCAUUCAAACAAUAUAUAAAGACUAAAGCGGCCCGAUUCGGAAUAAAAACUUUAGAAUUGUGCGAGUCUGCUACGGGAUACAUGUGGUCGUUUUUCGUAUACACUGGAAAGGUAAAUACCCCCGAUCCUCGAUUUCCAUCGUCACUUAACGUGAGUACUAAAACUGUACUCAAACUCAUUUGGCCACUGCUCGACAAAGGGUAUACUCUUUUUAUAGACAAUUGGUUCAAUUGCCCCCUCCUGGCGAGGUUUUUGAAGAAACGUCGAACCGAUUGUGUGGGAACACUACGACCCAACCGUCAAAAUGUGCCAUCUCUGGUGUCACUUUGUAAGCUACAGGCAGGUCAGUUCCUGGCGCGGCACUCGGGUGACGUUGUUAUAAUGGCGUAUCAGGAUAAAAAAAGGAUUCCGUUAAUCAGUACGUACCAUGGCACUGAGCAAGGGCUGGCACCAUCCAAGCCCCAUAUGCCGCCUCAGUGGAAACCCCAGUUGGUUCUUGAUUAUAAUAAGAAUAUGGGUGGAACUGAUCGUAAAGAUCAAAUGCUGGAACCAUAUUUAUUGGAGAGAAAACGUUGUGCAAAAUGGAACAUGAAGCUCUUCAAGAGGCUUUUAAAUGUUACCAUACUUAAUUCUAGAAUCCACUUUGAAAAAUCUUGUAACGAACGGCAACAUCAUUUGUCUUUUCGUUUACAAUUAGUUCAAGACAUUAUUGAUAAACACCUCCAUCAAGUGCCGCGCUAUCAUCGCGAGAUUAACCCAUGUUCGCGACACAUUCGCGACACAAGCGUCUCAAGGGCAGAUCGCGACAGCGAUUUGCCCUUGAGACGCUUGACGAACAGUGUUCACUGGCCUGUCAGGUUUUCAGCUUCACAUGCCGCCGGCCACCGAACUCUGCGACGUAAGUGCGUCUGGUGUCUGAAGCGAAAUCAGGUUUCGAAACUUACCACUUUUGUGUGUGAAUAUUGUGAGGUAGCUCUUUGUCUCGAACCUUGCUUCAAAUUAUAUCAUACUAUUCAUUAG